CUGGCCUCCGAGUCAGCGAAGCUGGGGCCGCUGCCAUGCUCCAGGCUGCCUGGCUGGCGAAGCCUGUGCUGCCAGAGAGGAGGUAGGCUCCUGGCGCUGGCCGCUUGGCCCUGAGCCAGCCUCUGUGACGUGGGCACCUCCAGGGGGUCCUUGGAGGGCUCCAUGGCCUUUUCUGAACUCCUGGACCAAGUGGGCAGCCUGGGCCGGUUCCAGGUCUUGCAGACGGUGGCCUUGGUGGUCCCCAUCAUGUGGCUUACCACUCACAACAUGCUGGAGAACUUCUCGGCCGCCGUGCCCAGCCACCGCUGCUGGGUGCCCCUCCUGGACAACAGCACUGCCCAGGCCAGUGCCCCUGGUGCCCUGGGCCCUGAGGCCCUCCUGGCUGUGUCCAUCCCACUGGGUCCCGACCAUGAGCCCCACCAGUGCCGCCGCUUCCGCCAUCCACAGUGGCAGCUCCUGGAGCCCAACACCACAGCCACCAACUGGAGUGAGGCUGCCACUGAGCCGUGUGUUGAUGGCUGGGUCUACGACCACAGCACCUUCACUUCCACCAUCGUGGCUGAGUGGGACCUGGUGUGUGACUCUCAGGCCCUGAAGCCCAUGGCCCAGUCCAUCUUCCUGGCUGGGAUCUUGGUGGGAGCCGCCGUGUGCGGCCAAACCUCUGACAGGUUUGGGCGCAAGCUGGUGCUGACCUGGAGCUACCUGCAGUUGGCCGUGUGGGGCACAGCGACUGCCUUUGCCCCCACCUUCCCCGUGUACUGCCUCUUCCGUUUUCUGGCUGCCUUUGCCAUCGCGGGCAUCAUGAUGAACACCAGUACUCUCCUGGUGGAGUGGACAUCAGCACAAGCCCGAGCCUUGGCAAUGACUUUCAACGCCCUGGGCUUCAGCUUCGGCCAGGUCCUGUUGGCCGCAGUGGCCUAUGGUGUGCGCGACUGGACGCUGCUGCAGCUGGCAGUCUCUGCCCCCUUCUUCCUCUGCUUUGUGUACUCCUGGUGGCUGGCAGAGUCAGCACGAUGGCUUCUCGUCACAGGCAGGCUGGAGCGGGGCCUGCAGGAGCUGCAGAGAGUGGCUGCCAUCAACGGGAAGAGGGCAGUGGGGGACACACUGACCACCGAGGUCUUGCUCUCGGCCAUGCAGGAGGAGCUGAGUGUGAAGCAGGCUCCCGCCAGCCUGGGCACCCUGUUUUAUACGCCUGGACUGGGCCUCCGGACCUGUGUCUCCAUUCCGUGCUGGUUUGCCUUUGGCUUCACCUUCUUCGGCCUGGCCCUGGACCUCCAGGCCCUGGGCAGCAACAUCUUCCUGCUCCUGGUCCUCUUGGGGGCCUUUGACAUUCCAGCCAAGAUCAGCACUCUGCUGCUGCUGAGUCGUCUGGGCCGCAGGCCCAUGCAGGCCUCAUCGCUGGUGCUGGCCGGGCUCUGCAUCCUGGCCAACACGCUGGUGCCCCUCGAGAUGGUGGCCCUGCGUGCAGCCCUGGCCUUACUGGGGCUCUGUGGGGUGGGAGCUGCCUUCAUCUGCAUCACCAUCUACACUGGUGAGCUCUUCCCCACCGUGCUCAGGAUGACCGCAGUGGGGCUGGGCCAGAUGUCAGCCCGAGCGGGAGGCAUCCUGGGACCUCUGGUCCGGCUGCUGGGUGUACAUAGCCCCUCACUGCCCCUGCUGAUGUAUGGGGCAGUGCCAGUCCUGAGUGGCCUGGCUGCACUGUUGCUGCCUGAGACCCAGAACCUGCCGCUGCCGGACACCAUCCAAGAUGUGCAGAACCAGGCAGUAAAGAAGGCAACACAUGGUACUCGGGAGCGCUCUGUCCUGAAAUCCACGCAGUUUUAGACAUCCUGGGAGCCUACAGUGGGACUGUGGCAGGAGCCUCUUGUCCUCUGCAGAAGACAGGCCAGCAGACCUCCAUUUCCAGAGGGCCCGGGGGCUGCCCCUCCGGCCGAGCCCUGUCUCUCACUGUCUGAGGAGCCACCUUCAGGACAGAAGGGGCAAAGGAUGGUGUGAUUGGCAGGAGGCUGCCCGGUGUACCAUUAUCCGACCCUCCCUCAUGGCUGCAAAAAGGAUCAGGGACCAGCCUGUCGACCCCGUGCCCCCCUCCUCAGCUCACAGCCCCCAGGCUCAGCCCCCAGGCUCAUCACCCAUGGUCAAAACCUCUCCAGCCCAAGAGCUCUGCACAAGGGAUGGAGUCUGCUCCUCAGCUUCACCAGAAAGGUGGCUCUGGGCCCACCCCCCUCCUCUCCACACUCCAGCCACACAGCCCGGCCCGCCAGCCAUGCCUUCUGCCUGGAACCCCCCAACCACCUUCUCUACCUGACAAACUCCCAUUCAGCUUCCCAGACCCAGGCCAAUAUCCUCAUUGCAAGGACCCAGGGCCCAGCCCAAGGUUCUACCUAACCCAUGGCCUCAGCCAUACACUGUCUCCCACCCCCACCAGCCUGUGAGUAUCCAGAGGGUUGGGGUGUCCACAGCUCCCACACAACCAAGUGGAAGGGCAUCAGUGGGAGGGAGAUAAGAGAGUGAAUAAAGGA